AAAGAAAAGAGAACCCAGAAACUUUGGUCUCACUCUCAGAGAGAGAGAGAGAGAGAGAGAGAGAGGGCGGGAAAAUGGCGGCGAUGGGAGCAAGAGGAGGUGGACUGGUGCUGCCAAAGCCGGUGACUUUUGUGACCGGAAACGCCAAGAAGCUCGAAGAAGUGCGCGCCAUCUUGGGCACCUCCAUUCCCUUCAACUCUCUCAAGCUCGAUUUGCCAGAAUUGCAAGGGGAGCCUGAGGACAUCUCCAAAGAAAAGGCUAGGUUGGCUGCCAUUCAGGUUAAGGGUCCUGUGCUUGUGGAAGACACUUGCCUCUGCUUCAAUGCCCUCAAGGGUCUACCUGGGCCUUACAUCAAGUGGUUCCUGCAGAAGAUUGGACAUGAAGGUCUCAACAAUAUGUUGAUGGCAUAUGAGGAUAAAUCUGCAUACGCUUUGUGCUCCUUUUCUUUUGCCAUUGGGCCCAAUGCUGAGCCUAUUGCAUUUCUGGGUAAAACUCCGGGGAAAAUAGUUCCUGCAAGGGGACCAAAUGAUUUUGGAUGGGAUCCAAUAUUUCAACCUGAUGGUUACGAGCAAACUUAUGCCGAGAUGUCAAAGGAAGAAAAGAACAAGAUUUCUCAUCGCUCUAGAGCUCUUGCACUAGUGAAGUCUCACUUUGCUGAAGCUGCAUACACUUUUGAGACCAACUAGUCUACCUAGGAGUGAAUAUCUCCAUCAUGUUGCCUAUGCAUAGGCUUCCCUAGUAUGCAAGCUUUUCCUGUCAUCAGCAAUUCAUCCAGCCUUGUUUGAUGGUCUACAAAAGUUAGAGACAAAGUGGAAGUUACAGUUUUUAACAUUUAAUAUCUGUGCACUUGCGAAAAUGAGAGGUUAGUGUGGAGAAAUAGCUUUCUUGCAUACAAAUUGAGUUGAAGAUCACAACAUCACAGAGAAAGCUGAAAAUGUUAUAAACUUUUCAACUGUGAUUAUGCUCACUUCAGCCAAAAGUAUUAUGAAGUAUGAACUGUUCAACUAGUUAUGGAAACAGACUCCAUUAGUGGUACUCUUUUACUAGUUUUAUUUUUACCCCA